AUGGCGCAACUCGAGAAGAAGACAAUCCAGACCAAGCGGUCGUUUACCUACACCUACUACGCGUCUCCGAAGGACAAGGGCGACCCUUCCGCGCCAGCUCUGUUCUUCAUCCAUGGUUUCCCAGACAGCGCAUUUAUGUGGUCGGAGGUAGUGGAUAACCUCUCGGAUCUGCCGUACAAAGUCGUUGUUCCGGAUUGCUUGGGCUAUGCUGGCACAUCCAAACCAAAGGACGUCUCCGCGUACAAGUGGUCUGGUCAGACAGCUGAUUUGUGCGAGAUCCUGCAGGCCGAAGGUAUCGACCAAGUCGUCGUGAUCGGGCAUGAUUGGGGCGCUGUCCUUGCUCAACGAUUUUACCAACGCUGUCCUGAACUCUGCGCUGGCCUCGUUCUGCUCAAUAUCUCCUAUCGAGCACCGACCGAGCAGAGGUUCGACCUCGACGCCUGGAAUGCGCAGACCGAAAAGCGGUUUGGAUACCCCCUCUACCAGUACUGGUAUCUUUUCACUUCGCUGGACGGCUCCAAGGUCAUCAACAACAGCCUUGAGAAGUUCUGGGAGGUGCUUCAUGGGGCGGACGAUGACUGGAUGAAGAAGAUGUUCUCCGGCAAGGACGCCAUGACGAAAUACUUUUCCUGCGGCGGGACGGUCGAGCUGAAGUCCUUUGCUAAACAAGGCAAAUGGAGGGACGACUUCUUUGAACGUUUCAGUAAAGACGGCUUUGAAGCACCAUUGAAUUGGUACAAGGCACAAACGUCCAACGUACAAUGGCAGGACGACAAGAGCAUCCCCAAGGAGAAUCAUGUUGUGAAGGUCCCCUUCUUCUUUCUAGGCUGUACAGGCGACUCAGUCGGACGAACAGAUUUGAUUCAGAUCCCACGAGAAGCAGGCCUCCUGCCGGAUUUCGAAAUGACCGAGAUCGAGUCCGGCCACUGGUGUGCGAUGGAGAAGCCUCGAGAAGUGGCCGAGGCUCUCCGAGGCUUUGUGACGAAGAGGUUCCCUUGA